AUGGAGAGCGUCAACAUCGGCAACUACAAGGGCGUCAUGCUCUGCAACCGGCCCUUCAACAGCGUGAGCUCAAGUACCCUCGUCGCCACUUCGAUCCUCGCUCACGCCAGCCUUUUAGCACAAAAAGAGGUCGCCGCCGUCGACAAGAAAGGCCCGUUCCUCGGCGGCAUCCAGCCCGCACCGAUUGGCACCAACGUCCCCAUCUUCCACGAGCCGCCGCACGCGGUGAAGCGCGAUAAGAAGAGCACGGCGCUCUCCAAGCACAAGAAAUGGCUCCACGACCUCCAGAAGGAGCGCAGCCGGCUCGAGUCGGCGCUCCUCGAGGACGAGGCUGCUAAAGAGUGCCGCAAGGACAAGUUUGCCAAGCGCGAGGCGGAUCUGCGCGCCAAGAUCCGCCAGCGCCCCCAAGGUACUCACUCCAAAUACACGGAAAUGGCGAGGGCUCGUGUAGACGACGAGGAAAAGGGCGUCUUGACCUCGCGGCCGGCGUGGGCGCUGACCAAGGACAAGGCGGAGAGCAAGCGCGACCAGCAGGACGAAGACAGCGUCGACGAUCUCUUGGCGUUCGCCAACAACCUCGACAUUGACACGUUCCUCGGCGACGUCGAGCUCAAGGCCCAAGUCGCGCAGGUCGACGAGCAGCUCGCGCAGCUCCAGGAGCUCGUCAACCAAGAAGAGGCCGACGAGAAGAAGGGCCAAGUCCGCGAGCGCCUCCAGCAGGAGAGCCUCGAGCGGCAGUACCUCAACGCGGCGACGCUCGCGCGGCUGAGUGCGCGAGACGCCAAGGACAGCGACGACGACGACGACUCCAAGAGCGUGGCGUCGACGGUGCUUUCGGAAUGCAAGUCGAUCCGGUCCGUGCACUCGACCAAGUCCGUGCUCGCACUCACCAAGCGCGCCGAGCAAAAGCUGUCGCUGGACCCGAUCCCGGAGCCGCACGUGGUGACGCACGAUGAGGAGAGCGGGACGCGGCUCCUCAACAAACACCUCACGAGCAACCUCCCCUACAUGCACCGCAACCCCGCUGUUUAAGAAACUAAGAAUCAACUAACGAUACUCAAUAUUACCAC